AUGGGCGCCGGACCGUCCUCGGACGCCGCGCAGCCGCCCCCGGACCGUAUUCGCCGCGGCGUCUCUGGCUGCCUUUCCCGCACGUUCAAGCGCCCGAAGCUCAAGCUCACGAGCCUCGACCCGACACUGCCCAGCGACACGAUGUACGCGUGCAGCCCGCGUAGCAUCCUCGUCUCGGUCCUCACAAGCGACAAGUACGACGCGCUCGUCGCGAUCCCGUUCGAGAGCUUGGAGCUCGCGGCCGUGAUUGGCAAGACCAAGUACGGCGACGUUCAGCGCGCCUCGUACCACGGCACGCCCGUGCUCGUCAAGUACAUGCCGCCAAUGAUCGACCGCGCGACGCGCCGCCUCUUUGCCGACGACCUGCACUUGCUCGUGAGUCUUCGCCACCCCAACAUCGUCCAGUGCAUUGGCGCAAGCUGGUCCUCGCCGCUCAAAGCCUGCUUUGUCAUGGAGUACUUGGACCGCGGCGACCUCUUCAGCUUGCUACGGAACCCGCGCAUUGCGCUCUCGUGGCACACGCACUUGCUAUCGAUUGCGAUCGGCACUGCCCGCGGCCUCGCCUACAUGCACGGCCACUCGCCGCCGCUGCUGCAUCGCAACCUCAAGAGCACCAACAUUCGCAUCGGUGGGGACUACUGCGCCAAGAUAUCGGGGUUCGCGCUGCGGCGCGACCGCGACGUGGGUGUCAUUCGACCGCGCGACAUCUCGUACGUCUGGAUGAGCCCCGAGAUGCUUCGCGGCGACCGCUGCACGCACAAGACGGACGUCUACAGCUUUGGGAUUGUGCUCGCCGAGCUCGAUACGCGCGCGACGCCGUACCACGACGCGAGGCCGGUCGAUGGACCGCUAUUGCAUCGGAUUUUGAACGACGAGCUGCGCCCGACACUGUCGCCAACACCUAUGGAGAGUUUGCAGCGACUCUACAGGCGCUGCGUAGCCGCCGACCCGCGCCAUCGACCACGCUUCGAAGAGAUUCUCGACAUUCUCGAGACCGACGUGUACAACGACGCGGUCGACGUCGCGUCGCCGGCGGUGGACGCGUCGAUUUAUUAG